UUAUGAAUGCGCACUGAGAGGCACUCAGAGGAACAAUUGUCUAUUGAAGUCUAUAAGUGCAUUUGUUCGCCUUGUUUACCUUGGCGUUUAACUGUCUCAAGACAACUUCCUGAAAACCUUGCCAUAAAGUGAUGCUCCUUUUUUUUUUCUAGCCAGCUGAAUGACGUCUCGCAAGGAAAGGGGGCUGAAAACUCGGCGCACACAGUGAAUCCCUCGCUGUGACUCAUUCAUUUUGUAUAAAUGCGAGCGGUUGCGGAGACCGAGAAAGAGCCGGGGCUUUAAUUAGCUGGAUUUUCCUCAGUCCUCCGCUCAGUGACCGCUCAUUUGGGCGCACACUGGUCGUUUCCCUUCUUUCUUUCUCUCUUUUUUUAUUUCUGGAGACUGUGGAGAUGAUAUGCACCCCUGGGAGACAGACACCACAGCCGACCGAGCCAUCCCUGCGCUCCCGUGGAGUUGGUCUGAAGAAUGUCACCCACUUCUGCCGGUCCUAACAUCUAAGUAUUGGUUUUGAGACAUUAUUCCUUAAAAUUGACUGUAUGUUAUUUGGUAGAAUUGCUGCUCUAGAUUGUGAAGAUUCUCAGCUGCGGCUUCAUCGCGCGUUGGAUUCAGCAUAAAUGGACAGAAUUAGGCCAGUUCAUCUGCGGCGGGUGACCAUCUUCUAUUACUGAUAUUUUCUGACUAAUGGAUGUAGCUUCUCGUUCCGAGGGAACUGCAUUACCGUCAGGAGCUUCACUAUUCAACAAGCUGCACCGCUCACUCCUGGCAGCAAAGCGAUGGGCGCAGUUUGUCUGAGCCAUCUACUGCGUCUUGGUUCUCCAGCCCAGCUUGUUGAAUCUCCUCGUUGCUGACAACAAUGGGUUCCUUUUAACAAAACUUCUUUGCCUCUCUGGUUCUAUCUUCGGCGGAUUGCAGACCCCAUCUUUCCUUUAAAAGUUGAUCAUGGCUCGUCCUGGUUCGUGCGUGAAGCUGAGCGCUAUAUGGAGAGCGUUUUGGCUCAUGAGGACUGUGGUAGAUUUCGCGCUGCCUCAGGAGACUUAUGCGCCCCAUUCAAUACGGACUGAGGGGCACUUGACCCUCGGUGGACUUUUCCCGGUGCAUGCUAGAGGGGCCGACGGCACGCCGUGCGGGGACCUGAAGAAGGAGAACGGCAUCCAGCGGCUUGAGGCCAUGAUGUACGCUUUGGAUCAAAUCAACCAGGACGAGCAACUCUUACCUAACAUCACCUUAGGUGCCCGGGUGCUGGACACUUGUUCGAGGGAUACCUACGCGCUGGAGCAAUCUUUAACUUUUGUUCAAGCCCUGAUCACGAAGGACACCUCCGACGUGAGAUGCACUAAUGGGGAGCCACCGGUGUUUGUCAAGCCUGAAAAAGUGGUGGGAGUCAUCGGAGCCUCUGCGAGCUCAGUAUCGAUUAUGGUUGCCAACAUCCUACGCCUCUUUCAGAUCCCGCAGAUCAGCUAUGCGUCAACAGCCCCGGAGUUGAGUGAUGACAGACGCUAUGACUUCUUCUCACGGGUGGUUCCUCCAGACUCAUUCCAGGCCCAGGCCAUGGUGGACAUUAUCCGAGCCCUGGGCUGGUCUUACGUCUCCACCAUCGCCUCAGAAGGCAGCUAUGGAGAGAAGGGAGUGGAGGCCUUCACACAACUCUCCAAAGAAGCAGGUGGAAUCUGCAUCGCCCAGUCUUGGAAAAUUCCCCACAACCCCAAGCUGGAGGAUUACGACAAAGCCAUCCAACAACUGCUAGAAACGCAGCACUCGCGGGCAGUCAUCAUCUUUGCCAGUGAAGAAGACAUACGGGGAGUUCUCAAUGCCACCAAGAGGGCCAAUCAGGUGGGACAUUUCCUGUGGAUUGGAUCUGACAGCUGGGGGGCCAAGAGCAGCCCGAUCCACCAGCUCGAGGAUGUAGCGGUGGGAGCAGUCACUAUAUUGCCCAAACGCUCCUCCAUUGAAGGGUUUGAUGAAUACUUUACUGGUCUCACCCUGGAGAACAACCGCAGGAACGUGUGGUUCGCUGAGUUCUGGGAGGAAAACUUUGACUGCCGGCUUCUCAGUGCCUCAAAGAGAGAGGAUACCAGCCGCAAAUGCACAGGCAAGGAGCGCAUUGGGAUGGACUCCAAGUACGAGCAGGAAGGGAAGGUGCAGUUUGUGAUUGACGCGGUGUACGCCAUGGCCCACGCACUCCACAACAUGCAGAGGGACUUAUGUCCUGAUCAUCCUGGCGUCUGUCCACAGAUGGAGUCAGCCGAGGGAAAGACUCUUCUCAAGUACAUACGAAACACCAGCUUCAACGGCAGUGCUGGCACCUCUGUUGUGUUUAACAAGAACGGUGAUGCUCCAGGACGCUAUGACCUGUUCCAGUUCCAGAUGACCAACUCCUCCACCCCAGAGUAUAAGGUGGUAGGACAGUGGGUGGAGAAUCUCCAGCUCAGGCUGGAGGAGCUUCAGUGGCCAGAUGGGGAGCAGGAGGUGCCUAUCUCUGUGUGCAGUCUGCCCUGCAAAACUGGAGAGAGGAAGAAGAGGGUAAAGGGCAUGCCGUGCUGCUGGCACUGUGAACUGUGUGAUGGCUACCAGUACCAGUAUGACGAGACUUCCUGCAGACUGUGUGCCUACAACAUGAGACCCAACCCCAACAGAACUGCCUGCCAGCCCAUCCCCAUUGUCAAGCUGGAGUGGCACUCCCCAUGGGCAAUUAUCCCCGUCUUCCUCGCCAUGCUUGGUAUCAUCGCCACCAUCUUUGUCAUGGCGACCUUCGUGCGCUACAAUGACACUCCCAUUGUGCGGGCGUCGGGCCGAGAGCUGAGCUACGUGCUGCUAACUGGCAUCUUUCUGUGUUACAUCAUCACCUUCCUCAUGAUUGCCAAACCCGACGUAGCCGUCUGUGCCUUCAGGCGGAUCUUCCUGGGCCUGGGCAUGUGCAUCAGCUACGCCGCGCUGCUCACCAAGACCAACCGUAUCUAUCGGAUCUUCGAGCAGGGCAAGCAGACGGUCACGGCCCCACGCUUCAUCAGUCCCACCUCCCAGAUUGCCAUCACUUCCAGUCUGAUCUGUGUGCAGCUGCUGGGCGUGCUGGUGUGGUUCGCCGUUGACCCCCCGAACACCAUCAUCGACUACGAUGAGCAGAAAACCAUUAACCCGAUGCUGGCCCGCGGUGUGCUGAAGUGUGACAUCACAGACCUGCAGAUAAUCUGCUCGUUGGGCUACAGCAUCCUGUUGAUGGUGACCUGCACCAUCUACGCCAUCAAGACUAGGGAUGUACCAGAAGACUUCAAUGAAGCCAAGCCCAUUGGCUUCACUAUGUACACCACUUGCAUAGUCUGGCUGGCCUUCAUCCCGAUUUUCUUUGGCACAGCCCAGUCGGCAGAGAAGCUGUACAUCCAGACAACCACGCUGACCAUCUCCAUGAACCUAAGUGCCUCAGUAGCACUGGGCAUGCUCUACAUGCCCAAGGUGUACAUCAUUAUCUUCCACCCUGAGAUGAACGUGCAGAAGAGGAAGCGUAGCUUCAAGGCUGUGGUUACAGCUGCCACAAUGUCAUCUCGUCUGUCCCAGAAACCCAACGAGAGGCCCAACGGAGAGGCCAAGACUGAGCUGUGUGAGAACCCCGCUGCUGACCCCAUGAGUCAGGCAACCAAGAAAACAUAUGUGAGUUACAACAACCUCAGGAUCUGAUCUGCUUGAAAAUGAAUGCUGUUUGUCCUUUUAUCUGUGAUUUGAAAAGGGAAGGGAGCUCUAGAGGAACAGAGAAAGACAGACAGAGACAGGAGAGCGAGCGCAGGCAUCCCAGCACCACCUGCAGUACCUAUGCACUCCAGGACUGUGGAUAGCAUCCAACCUUCAUCCAGACAUGAUACAUGAGUCCUGACAGAGACUAGCACAGCUGUAGGCCAGUGUGGCUGGAUUGGCCUCACGAAGCAAACUGUAGGUUUUAAACUUGUGUUGUGGCCCCCUUCUCUCUGACAGAGAACAACUUGCCUGCUAAAAGGGGUCACUGUGAACGAGGACAAACCACAAAGAAAAAAAAAAGAAAAAAAAAACACAGGACAGUGGAUUUGCUUUCAAGAUAUUUUCUUUUGAAAUGUCAUUAAAGCCAUAUUCUCUUGGGGUUCCCAUUACCUGAUUUCUGUUUUGUAUUGUUUAAGUGAUUUUUCUUCUGUGCCUCUUUUUCUUGCAGUUGAUUUAAUUACCUUGAACAGCAAGCUCUGCCACAUACAGUACUUUGUUUUACUGAAAUCAACUCAAAACAGUCCCAGACGAUUACUUUGUUAGAGUGAUGGGCAUUGUAAGUAUAUUUUUUUUGUAAAUAUUUGAGAGUAUUUUCAUGUUUGGAGUACAAAAAUAGAUAUCCAGUCUUUGUUCAAUUGGAUUUGGAUGGUUAUGAAAAGCACCACAAAGUGUUCACUUUGCAUGUGCCAAUGUAUGUCUGUUCUAUUUGAUGUAAACCAAAAAAAAAAGAGAAAUAAAUUCUGAAAAUUAUACUAAGCUUCAGCAUCCUUCUGCAGUUUGUUUUCUUUACCAGGACUGACCUUCAUUAAAAAUGACAGAAUAUGGCUUUAAUCUGUUGUUGGAUUGACCCUCCCGCCCCUUGUAUCUGCAAGCAUGUUUGUUUUAUAUAUAUAGUUUCGUAUUGGGUAUAAUAUGCCUGAUUAUGGUGUGGGAAGCAUUAAUAUCAGAGCAAUCAUGUAAGUAUGUUGUGAUGUCUGUCAAAUUAUGAACAUGUAAUAAAAUCAUUUUGUUAUCUUUUAUACAACUAAA